UACAGUAAAACUAAUAAGUUCAGCAUCAAUGUCAAAGACCUGCAGAACUAUUUAUUUUAGGGAAUUAUUUACGUCCAUAAGCUGAAUGACAAUAAGUUUAUAUAGAUUUUGCAAGUCCAACUGAAUUCAAAAUCCGUACGUGUAUGAAAAAUUGGUUUCGAAUCAUAUUUGACGAACAACAAUGAAUUAUAUCAACCGGUGAUUACUUAAGAUUUUCUGUCUAGUUUUGUUUGAACUAGUCGUUGUUGAGUAAGCCUGUUCUGGUCCUUUCCCUAAAGCGCGUUUUCGUAAGCAUGAAUCCGGAGAGGGUCGCAUUGCUUAAGCAGUUUGUUGAGUUGCUUAAAGAGAAACCUGAAGUUCUCGACACCCCUGAACUCUCGUUCUUCAAAGACUGGCUUAAAAGUCUUGGGGCUAACGUUCCUGAUUCACAACCUAACCGACCCACUGAAAAUUCAUUUUCAGACGACUCUGGUGCAGAUGAGACCUCAGAAUCUGAAAUAGAGUUUGAUGAUGAAGUGCUGCCAAAGGAACCUGUCCCAGACCUAGAUAUGGGUGACGAUUCGAUAGAAGUAACUGAUGAAUUGAGAGAAAAAGCUGAAGAAAAGAAAUGUGAAGCAAUGGCUAAAAUGUCUGACGGAGACUUUACUGGGGCCGUUGAUUUGUUCACCGAAGCAAUUAAACUAAACCCCCAGUCCUCACUAUUUCAUGCUCGACGUGCAAGUUGCUUUGUACGAAUGAAAAAGCCGUCCCAUGCUAUCGCAGAUUGUGACAAAGCUAUUUCGUUAAACCCUGAUUCUGCACAACCUUACAAAUGGAGAGGAUUUGCUAAUAAAAUGAUUGGUAAUUGGGAAGCCGCCUAUCGGGAUCUUCAGACAUCUUUGAGGUUAGACUACUCAGAUGAUGCCAAUGAAGCGAUAAAGGAAAUCGAACCAAAGCACAAACGAAUCUUCGAACAUAACAUGAAGUAUGAACGUAAACGACAAGAAAAGCUAGAACGAGAAAAACGCGAGCGAAUUCGAAAAGCACGAGAAGAGCGUGAACGCGCCCAGAGAGAUACAGAAAAACCCGAUUUUGACAUUCCAGGAAGCGGCAACAUUCCAGGCAUGGACAAUAUGUUUUCGCAACUGUUCAAUGAUCCAGAAUUGAUGUCUGCUAUCCAGGACCCUGAAGUGAUGAAGGCAUUCAGCGAAGUAUGCUCAAACCCAGCUGCCAUGGAUAAGUACAAAAACAACCCCAAGGUAAUGAAGGUCAUUGAGAAAAUGAAGAAUAGAUUUGGUGGUGGUGGCGGUGGUGCUAUGCCCGGUAAGUCAACCAUACCGACAGAUUUGGAUUUGAAUAACGUUUACAAACUUAUAUACACCUUAAAGUGCACUUUCUUUUCGAUGUAUCAGUUAACAGAUUUGUAGUUAGUAUAGGUAAUCAGAUUUUCGAACAGCGUAUAUCACUAUAGCCACGUCCAGUAAUGUUAGACAGACGUUUAAAUAUAAAAUUUGUCUAAUAAAACAUUUUCCUAAGUAUUCUUGAUAUCAAGAUCAGCUACGUGAUCGUGAAUAAUACUGCAGCUUGUAGAUGUGGUUCAAUGGUAUUUUCACCAGUCUACAGACUGGUGCAUGUGCUAAGAAUUUGCACUCGACUUCAAUGAAUUGGUGAGUUGCGCUUUUGAAUUUUACGCAGUAAAUGGGGUCCAACAACGCUAUUUCAAAACCUCAUAUGACUCUUAGUCGGGCUACAUUUCAUUGGAGUCGAAACAUUCAGUUGUUCAUUUUAUUAAAGACCUAUCGGUCUAUCUUUUGCUUACUCAGCUAUGUUUAAAGUAAAUAACAAAAUAAAACUUGUCUAUUUUAUCAAACGUAUUUAUAAAAACGGUUAGCUUCGUAGUAUAUUCCUCAUGUAUUUAAUGUGGAUAAAUUUUUAGGAGGUAUGCCGUUCGGAAUGGGUGGAGCCGGGUUCAAUAUGCCUAACCAGUCAUGUCCAGAUCUAGACUAGGUAAAGAAACAUUGAUCUCAGUCAUCUGGUGGUUCCAUUUAAAUACAUUUAAUCCCUCGACAUUUUCGUACAUAUGAAUAAAAGCUUCCAGACUGUU